AUGGCGGCCGCGGUGCUGGCGGCGCCGGAGGGCGGCUCCGCCGCGAUGCCGAUGGGGAGCGCGGCGACGUGUCCUCCUCCGGCCGGUCCCGCGGGCCCCGGCUCCUGGAGCCGAUCCUUAGACCGAGCUUUGGAAGAAGCGGCGGCCAGCGGCACGCUCAGCCUGAGCGGCAGGAAGCUGCGCGAUUACCCGCGGGCCAGCGCCGCCAACCACGACCUCAGCGACACCACCCGAGCCGAUUUGUCACGGAACAGACUGUCAGAGCUUCCCGCAGAAGCGUGUCACUUCGUCUCCCUCGAGAGCCUUAAUUUGUACCAGAACUGCAUUCGAUACAUCCCAGAGGCUGUUUUGAACUUACAGUCCUUAACGUUUCUAAACAUCAGUCGAAACCAGCUUUCAACGUUGCCAGUACACCUCUGUAGUCUCCCACUAAAGGUUCUGAUAGCGAGUAAUAAUAAGCUGGUUUCCAUACCUGAAGAAAUUGGGCAGCUCAGACAGCUGACGGAGCUCGAUGUGAGCUGUAACGAAAUUCAGACCAUACCUCCGCAGAUCGGCAGUUUGGAAUCCUUACGGGACCUCAAUGUCAGAAGGAAUCAUUUGGUGCGUUUACCUGAAGAGCUUGCCGAGUUGCCUUUGAUUCGAUUAGAUUUCUCCUGCAAUAAAAUAACAACAAUCCCAGUUUGUUAUAGGAACCUCAGGCAUCUGCAAACCAUCAUGUUGGAGAACAACCCUCUCCAGUCACCCCCUGCACAGAUAUGUAUAAAAGGGAAAAUUCACAUAUUUAAAUAUCUCAACAUAGAAGCAUGCAAGAUAGCUCCGGAUUUGCCUGAUUAUGAUAGGAGACCCAUGGGAUUUGGAUCUUGCCACGAGGAACUUUAUUCCAGUCGUCCAUAUGGAGCACUUGAUUCUGGCUUCAAUAGUGUGGACAGUGGAGACAAAAGAUGGUCAGGGAAUGAACCAACAGAUGAGUUCUCAGACCUCCCUUUACGUGUGGCAGAAAUCACUAAAGAGCAGAGACUGCGAAGAGAAAAUCAGUAUCAAGAAAACCGAGGGAGCACGGUCGUAACCAAUGGUGGAGUGGAACACGAUCUCGAUCAGAUCGACUAUAUCGAUAGCUGUGCCACAGAAGAGGAGGAGGAAGAGGUGAGGCAACCCAAGUGCGUGGACUCAGACAGCCUCAGCUCACAGUUCAUGGCGUACAUUGACCAGCGGCGAAUCUCUAAUGAGAGCUCACCAGCAAAGCCAGUGUCUACUAGAGAGUGUCCGAAGGCUGAGGACACGAGGCGGCAUUUACAGCAGAACAGGGACACUGAAUUACGAAGACCUGAAACUCUAAAUUUGAUGCAGGACAGAGAGCAUCACCAAGUGCUAAGGAGUUAUGUGGACAGGACAGAGAGACCCCCAGCUGAUUCUCCUUACUUUCUCUCUCUAUCGAGUCACCAGAGUCAGGUGCCCAAUGCAGACCCUGACCUGCACCGCAGGCACAUAGAGCGAACCCGGCGGGAGGCACAGCUGGCAGCACUGCAGUAUGAGGAGGAAAGGAUGAGAACAAAGCAGAUCCAGAGAGAAGCUGUUCUCGACUUUGUUAAGCAAAAAGCAUCCUUAAGUCCUCAGAAGCCAAGUCCUCUGGAUAGUGAGUGUCCCUUUCCAUCCAGAAGGUCUCAGCAUACUGAUGAUAGUGCCUUGUUAGUGAGUGAUGACAGAUCCACCAUCUCUCCUGGCUCACCCUCCACUCAGACAGUCCACCUUUCCCCUGCACAUCCUGGUCAUGCAGCCCUGCCUUCCUAUAGAAACCCUUCCCAGCGACCCGAGAGUUUCCUUUUUCGAGCAGCUGUCAGGGAUGAAGCAAACAAAGUGAUUUCUUCAUCAUCUUCCCGUGCCUUGUCUCCUCCUGCUAAUGAUUCUGCAGACACCAGAGUUAGGCAGAGCUCCAAGCAGCGUGAGGAGGAGCUGGAGCUGAUAGAGCAGCUACGUAAGAAUAUCGAAUCACGGUUGAAAGUGUCUCUGCCCAGUGAUCUUGGAGCAGCUCUCACGGACGGCGUUGUUCUGUGCCACCUGGCUAACCACGUCCGGCCUCGGUCUGUCCCCAGCAUCCACGUCCCCUCACCUGCUGUUCCUAAGCUCACAAUGGCGAAAUGCAGACGAAACGUGGAGAACUUCUUGGAAGCUUGCCGAAGGAUCGGAGUGCCUCAGGAGCAAUUAUGUUUGCCUCUCCAUAUUUUAGAAGAGAAGGGUUUGACACAGGUAGCUGUGACUGUGCAGGCGCUGCUGGAGCUGGCACCCCCAAAGCAGCAGCAGCUUCACCACUUGUCUGCUGUGUAAAGACCUCCGGGACUUUUGGGUUACCUUGGCUAAGCAGAAGGACGUCAAGACUUUACUGCCCGUGCAGUGCAUCCAAACACACAGAGCUCUGUUCUAAGGAAACGAGUUUCCGUGAUUCCUGACAGGAAUGUUUCGCUUCGUUUCUCCAUUUUUUUUGGAGAUCACCACAGUUUCCAAUCACGUUUUGAUUAGCGGUAAUUUUGCCCCCUGCUGAUAAAAUGGGUGGUGAGGAGAGCAGGGAGUUCCAGGGGCUGUUGGAGCCGGCUGUCGAAACCGACCUUGUAGGUGGAGGACAUUGGUGUCCAGUGUGGAAAGCUGUUCCCAUAGGAAUUCAUUUCUCUAAUUAGAAAAAGAAAAAGAAAAGGUGGUUGCUGCGGUGGGCACGAGGGGAAUGAGAUGUCAUUCCUUCUCCACGGGAUUCAGAGCAAGCUUUCUUUGCCUCGUGAGAACAGCAGCUCUUUCCAUUUUAUAAACAUAUACGUAUAUAUUUUUUAAAGAAUUGCAGCACAAUCUAACCAGUACAGUGUUUCGUAUCAGGGUCAGUCCUUAUGCAGCUGUGUUAGCAUAUCCUCAUUACUGAAGACGUGUAGGAAAAAAAAGGGGGUUCCCCCCCACCCAGAGGAAAAAAUACUGCGUGUUUUCUCCACAAGAAACAUCUUGGUAAAAGGUGCUCAACCAGAACUGUUUGAAUUUACUGAGUAGCGGUAGCGUUCUUGCUGGAUUUGUGUUCUGUUUGGGUUUCAAGGCAUCUAUGAAAACCUGAGCAACAUCGGGGGUCUCCCACCUCCUCUCACCUCCCCUUGGAGCCCUGUGUGAUGCAUUUGGUUACUGAGUGGUUUUGUCACAUGGCUGCUGAGAAUCACGUCUGCAUUUUGCCAGCACUGAGGUACAGCCUGCCCUGCGAGUCCAUUGGAAGCCGUGCCCAGGCCGUGCAUCUGGUGGGGGCUGCAGCACCAGGUGCAGGUGUGCUGAGUGUCACCACUGCUGAGAAAUGCAUCGUUUUAGGAGCAUAAGGACUGAAUUUUCACAGGUGGGCUGCAUGUUGUCAAAGCAGAAGUGCUACAAAAGGUGGCUUCUAUUUGUGGGCUUGGCAGGGCUUUAAACCUUUGAUGGUGGGUGUUUGUAUAGAGGGAUGCACAGUUCUACACAACUGCCAUUACUUUCUUCCUCUUUCUUUAACAUAAAAAUGGAAAUUCAGUAUACAGGAACAGGAGAGGCAGCAGGAGAGUUUUGAAUUACUCUUGGAAGUUAGUGUGCAAAGCACAGGUGGGUAGCUCUCUGUGCUCUUGCCCCAGCAACAAAGCCAAGCUCUCUACCAGUUCAAUUACAUCUUUCUUUCCCCCCCCUAAGACAGACCUUGGAAAAUGCAGUUCUCCACGCGCACAGUUCUUUUGCUAGUUCUGAUCAGUUUAGGCCAGAACAGUGUGCCACUAACGUGGGUUGCAUGAGGUCUGAGACCAGCAUCGUGCCUCGGAGUUAUACUGGAAGCAGAAUACAUCAAGAGGACUUUAUAGGUGUAAAGGAAGGAGGAGUGAGGAAUGGCGAGCUAAACGCCAUUCUCGCUGCAGUGAACCUGCUGCAGGGACGCUGGCAAAGACUGCUCUUAGCUGGAUUUCUUCCCCUUUUGAUUUGCAGCUUUCUUUCCAGUCUGUUUGCUCCAUGUCUGAGCGUCAGGACUCACUGUGAUGGCUGCUGCAUCGGUGUUUCACACGACAAUUCCAGUUGCUCCUUAUUGGCAUUGGCUGAUUGUGUUGCAGGUCACAAAGAACACAUGAAAGGGAUUUAAAACUGCACAGCCGAAAGGAGAAACCUUUUCAGUCCAACUAGCACGUUGCCCUGAGCUCUGCAAGAAGUGAAAAUGCCAACAACUCACAAUGUGUAGGAGAAGAGAGCAGCUCCGUGCAGGCCUGCUUUCCUCCCAAGUAGGUUUUAUGUUUCACGUAAUUCCACUUGUAGGGAUUGUUGGGAAUUCUUGAGGGGUUACGUAAGUGUCAGGAGUUACUGCUGCAGUUGGUUGGAUGGAAGGUUCUGCCACUCACAGCAAGCUGCAGCGUAGCACAGAUGUUUCUUGUGUGUCUCUUGUGCAGUUGGAAAGAGGAGGACACUGAAUUCACAUUAGUUUUUACAGGAGGUCAUCAUUUGGAUCAUAUGGGAGCACGUCACUUCUUACUAGCACUCGUUGCCCAUGGAGUUUGUGAGGGUGUUGUUUGCUUUAGUCCAGCACUUACAGACGAUAACACAAUUAACAGCAUUCAGGUUGGUGGAAGUUUCAUUAAUACGAGUUCAUAGGAAUUAAUGGGUUGGAGGUGGAGGGUCUGAGCUGCUGGAAAUGGCCGUGUUUGUUGUCUGGUUAGGACAGCCGCUCCGGGCUGCAGGCAGCACGCACACGUGGCAGCUGAGCCCACCAACAGGCAGUGUCACCUGGCUGUCGCCCCGCUGUCACAAGCAGCGGCUCGCUCCGGCGCUUCCAGGUGUCUGUGGCCACGUUAGGUUAACCUGCAUAGCCUUGUGUGUUCGUGCUGGCAGAUACUGGCAGAUAAGUGUUGACCAGACGUUUAGGACAAAAAUCCAAGCCUAAAGUUUCAUCGUACGGUUUAUUUAAUGUGUUAUACCAAAAAACGGUUCUGUUUUGCAGACUAAAUGGGAUUUUUUAGUGUGUUUAUGUGCAAUUUUUGUUGUGUAUAAAAUUCUGUUUUGUGUGAAGAGGCAAUUACCUUUCCUUUCCGGGGCAUUCGUGUUGGAGGAUGUGGGAGGAAUCCAUCGGGGCGUUUUGUGCUUUGCUGGUGCUCAUCCACCAGCUCUGUCGUGUCACCAUCCUUCCUCAAACGAUGGUGAGCACUGAGUUUGAGGCUCCGCAAUGUUACCCCCCCAAAAUGGAGUGGCACUGGCACUGAGGAGUCCCUCACAGCAUUGAUGUGAUGAGGUCAGAACAGCGGGGGUCUGAUUCUUCCCCUCGUGAAGGAGGGGACUUGGGUGGCCUGGCUGAAAUAAACCACAGAGAACUUUUCACACCACUGAGAACUCGUCUGCCAUUCUCAGCUGUGACGCAGUGGCAAAUGGUUCUGUUAUCCUUUUACAACUGUAAAUGUUCCUUUGGAAAACUAAAAAAACCUAAAAAACAAAAAAUAAAAAAAGUGUUUUAGGAACAGAGGUCUUCUAAAGUGAAUUUAGACAUUAAAAAAUCCUUUUGUGUAGAUACCGUGAUGUUUUACAAAGCAAUCUAAUUUUGUUAUUUCUGAAAGCAGUGUAAACGUGUAAUUAAUAAAGGAUUUUAAGGCUUCAUCCCAUGCUGUACGUCUGUAAAUACAUUCCAUAAUUUCUAUGUCUGUUAAAUAUAAAUAUGUUUGGAUAUUGUACACUUUAUUUUAAAUUGCCUGUAUUCUGCCAGUAGUGUGAACUUCCAGCACAAUAAUAAUAUAAAAGGAAACCGUGGGUAAUUUGAAAUAAAGUUGUAAGACUUACAUGAA